AUGUCGGAUCCGCGGUCACCGCAUCUUAAAACGCGUGAUACCCCUCCAUGGGGUUUAUACCAGCGCGAGAACUUUUGGAAACUGAAUGACGGUGCAGUUCCGCCAUUCAACACACACCCCGAUAAGCUUGAGGAACUCGCCAAGAAGAAGCUCACUGAAAAUGGCUGGCUCUAUGCAUCAUCCAACGCAGGCCUAUCGGAUACACAUCUGGCAAACCGUCAGGCUUUCUUCCGACACAAGAUUGUUCCUCGCCAACUCGUAGAUACCAACGAUCGUUCGACAAGAACUACCAUCUUUGGCCACGAGGUCUCUGCGCCGUUUGGAAUUGCGCCUAUUGGGAUUAAUAAGAUCUAUCACCCGCAAGGCGAGCUUCCUGUUGCUAAGGUUGCUGGUGAGCUUGGAGUCCCGUACAGUCUUUCGACUGCUGGAUCAUGUCCUAUUGAAGAUGUUGCAGAAGCAAAUAAUGCUGGACGAAAGACUGCUCAGAACAGUGAAGAGGGCCAUCGUAUCCCCGAAGCCCCCCGCUUCUUCCAGCUCUACAUGCCUCAUGAUGACGAGCUAACGCUGUCAUUACUCAAGCGAGCCCACGAAUCCGGAUUCUCUGCAUGUAUCUUGACAACAGAUACGUGGCAGCUCGGAUGGCGACAUGACGACAUCGCGACAUCAAAUUACGCAUUCUAUCGUGGCAUCGGCGCCGACUUGGGUCUCUCAGAUCCCGUCUUUCAGAAACGACUCGCAGAAUAUGGCAUCGACCCAAAGAAACAACCUGCAGAGGCUGGAGCACUCUGGAUCGAUAACGUCUGGCACGGCCGUGCAUGGUCAUGGGAGAAAGCUGUCUGGGCAAGAGAGAAGUGGCAAGAAAUCAGCGGCGGGAAGCCUUUCUUGAUCAAAGGCAUUCAGCGAGUCGAUGAUGCUGAGAAAGCAGCUGAUCUGGGCUUUGAGGGUAUUGUUGUUAGUAAUCACGCCGGCCGGCAGGUUGAUGGAGCGAUUGGAAGUCUCGAUGCUUUGGAGCAGAUCGCUGAAAAGGUCGGCGAUCGGAUCGUCGUGACUUUUGAUAGUGGUGUGAGGGGAGCAGCUGAUAUUGUAAAGGCUCUUGCCCUGGGUGCCAAGUUUGUCUUUGUUGGGAGACUUUGGAUCUGGGGACUUAGUAUCAUGGGAGAGCAUGGAGUACGUCAUGUACUGAAGGGAUUGUUGGCGGAUUUGGAUAUUCUUAUGAAUGUCGCUGGGUUGAACACGGUUGGGGAUAUCGAUAAGAGUCUCAUCUCAUCUCAACCAGUGGGUUGCAAGAGUAAGCUAUAG